AAAAAAGUGAAUUCCGACGAAGACCAACAAAAUUACCAAAAAGAAGAAUAAUUAAUUAAUGAUUCGUAUUGAAACGAAAUUGAAAAGACCGGAACGAAAUUUGGUUGAGUGCGCGAAAUUAUCCAGUGCAUUUAAAGAAAGCUGAUCGGAAGUUAUACUAACAAAAGAGAUUUAUCUUGGAUUUAGUUUCGUGAAUAAUUUAAGAAAAGAGAAAAGAAUCACAAUGGAAGUGAAGCUAGGAUUAAAGAAUUUCAAUAUUCUGAUGCUAAUCGCCAUAGCCGUGUUCUCAACAGAUAUCAAAUCAGUUCAAGGACAACGGGUGGACGUUCAACCGAGAAAUGUAACUGCGCUCGAGGGUGAGAAAGCUGACAUUUUAUGCCGAUGGGGCAAACCGUUGCAGUAUUGUCGAAUCGUGAUACCCAACGAGAAAGCAUUGAAUCUGUCUCCGGAUUGGGACAAAACGCCUGGUUUCCAAUACUUCGGUGAAGGUUUAAACAAAGGACAAUGUGGUGUCUCUAUUCAAAGCGUCCGAAAUGGACACCACGGCACCGUCAAAUGCUACUUAGGAGCUGAUGGUGAAGAACUAGAAGGACAAAUUGGACUUACCGUUGCUUUGGCUCCACUACGUCCCGAAUUGGAACUAUAUACAAAAUCGGAAACCGGUGCCUAUCAAAUCGGUCAACAAUUCCAUGCCGCUUGCAUAUCGCGAGACGGACGUCCACCAUCGAACAUUACAUUUUAUUUGGAUGACGAACCAAUCACAGAAGGUGUUGAAGCCGAUGAAAUAAUCGAAUCGAUCGCCAGCAAAAACACAAUGUUGUACACAACGCGUAAACAAAUCAGAAGGUACAUUCAAGCAUCCGACGAUCGACGAACGUUGAUUUGCCGAUCACAUCACAUUGCCGACCGAGGUCAACCACAAGAAGCUCGAAUGCAAUUCCAAGUCAGAUUCCAACCACAACCGCUACCGGAAAUCAAAGUGUACGGAGUGAUCUUAGGAUCCGAUGCCGUUAUCAAUGCUACAAUCAAAGCCAACCCUCGCCCGCGCACCGAAUGGAUAGUCGAUGGAAUAGCGAUACCACAAGGAACGCAAAAUGGACGAUACGAAUCAUACGAACCGAUUGAUUUGGGCAGUGGUGUGUUCAAUGUAUCACUGACGAUCGCAAGUUUAACACUUGAAGACACAACGAAAAUGUACUAUCUGAAAGCAUCCAAUGAAUUUGGCACGCAAGAGUAUUCCGUUCGCAUCAGUUCAUCGGAAGCGGCUGCAGUAAAUGGCUUAGACACGGCGGCCAUAAUUGGCAUCGUUGUAGGAGUGGCUGUUUUAAUCAUUAUUGUGGUCUUGGUCGUAGUGGCUAGAGCGACUGGAAAAUGGUGUUUUGCUGGCAAAGGGAACACAUCGUCGAAGCCCCAAGGCAGUGAAACGUUCGAUGAAGGUGCAAGAGAUGCUCUUGUAUCACCAUCCGAAACAAUACCAAGUAUCAGUCCCCGAACUGAAAGUGUAUAUUUGCCGACCACCGUUCCCAUCGUGGGCGUGAUGCCGAAAAAUCCCAUGCAGUCACAGCGUGCGUCCGAAACAAGUAGUUUAACGAACAGUGGCGAUUUUAAUGAAUUGGGCAUACCUACGUCACAUGUUCAGCCGCAACAAGUGGCGUCGCCACAGCGCUGGUUGCCCCGGCAGCAACGUGAUUUAUUGCAAAAGCAAGCCGAAAUAAGUGAUACGGAAAGUGCCGAUUUAAAGCAAAGCAAAUUCAAAAAAUACCAAAUCAAUUUCGAAGGACUGUUUAAGAAGAAGCCGCAAAAGGUCGUCGACGUUGAAAAGAAUAACGCCGAAGCACCCACCGAUGAUCCGAAUGACGAUGCUGCGCCAAGUGAAGCAACCGUAAUCAUCGAAGACGAUCCACCGAAAUCUGGCGAAAGGAAUCUUGUCUACGCAGAACUGAUGCUGAAGCCGUCCGAGGACGCAAACAAUCCGAAUAAAAAUGCUACCGAGUAUGCAGAAAUUGUUUACGUUAAUCCGCCAUCGGAUCAGAAGCAACCGGACAAGAAAUGAAUUUUCUAAUUAUGAAUUCUGAAUUCUGAAUCAUUCGUACAUCACAGAGACUAAAUAUUUUUUAUUAUUUUAAAUUUUAACUCGUGUAAUUGUUUAAGUACUCUUUGUAACGUCCAUCCACUUUUUUUUAUUUUUUUGAACUUUCCCCCUACUUUUUCUACUUAAAUUUAAUUCUCUUGGUGCAAAUAACUGUUUUUAGUUUAAAAAAAAGUAAAUUUAAAUUUAUCAAUCAAUGUUUAAAUAGGUGUAAGUGCGAAAAACUUUUAUGUGACAUUCAAGCGAAAAUGGUAAAUGUUUUUUGUGAACGUAAAA